UUAUCUCUUACCAUUCCAGAGUCUGAAGACAUCCUGCAGAUUUUGGGUGGGGCUCCUCUCUUAAAGCCUGAAACCAAGACACCUUUUGCCAUAUCAUAUAUGGCGGAACAUGAAGCGAAAUGGGAGUCGGGGCUGUGUGACAAGAAAGACCCGUUUUGGAUCCCGGGAGCGAGACUGGCUCAAGGGGGAUACCCAGAGGGGCUGUGUGUGUCUGUAUGGGGGGACAGUAGACCCCCAGCCACCCACCUCUGGCCCCCAGGCCUCUUCUACCCCUCAGGCAGACCUGCAACUGGUGCUGUGCUCCACCAGUACCACCGUGGAGGAGCUCUGUGCCCAGAGGGAUGGACAGGGACUCUAUGUUCAACUGCAUGGAGACCUCCUCAGGAGGCUGGACCCCUCCGAACGCCCUCUCCAAAUGGUGUAUGACUACCUGAUGGCUAUGGGCUACAAAGACCCCGUGCGGGUGCAGCGAGAGGCAGCCAACUCCGACUUAAGCUGCAUGAUCCGCUUCUACAGUGAGCGUCCAGUGAACGCCGACCAGCAGGAGCGGACCCUGCUGAAAGGCGUGUUCAGCGUCAGGAAGGGCAAGACGCAGCUGCACAAGUGGGCCGAGCGGCAGGUCAUUCUCUGCGGCACCUGUCUGAUCGUGGCUUCUGUCAAAGACAGCCUGACGGGGAAGAUGCACAUCCUGCCUCUGGUGGGGGGAAAGGUGGAGGAGGUGAAGAGACGGCAGCACUGUCUGAUGUUCAGCUCAGCCGGAUCACAGGCCCAGACGUACUACGUCAACUUUGACACGCUGGCAGACUACCAGCGGUGGCACAGGCAGGCAUCAAAAGUGGUAUCCCAGACAGUCAGCCUCGUGGACUUGUCCUGCUACAGCCUGGAGGCAGUGCCUGAAUAUCUGUUUUACAGCCAGGAUAUCACCCACCUCAACCUACGACACAACUUCAUGAGCUUAAAGGGGCCCGGAGGCCUGCUCAACCUGCCCAGGUUUUCCCAGCUGAAGAGCCUGAACCUCUCUCACAACCGUUUGGGUGUGUUCCCCGAAUCUGUGUGUGAGAUCCUCACCCUGACGGAGCUCAACCUCUCCUGUAACGGUCUGCACACGCUCCCCGUGCAGAUAGGCAACCUUAAGAGUCUGCAGACCCUCUCUCUGGACGGAAACCACUUCAGCUCGCUGCCUGAAGAACUGGGCGGCCUUUCCCAGCUCAACAGCCUGGGGCUCUCCUUCAACAACUUCCCCCACAUCCCUGCUGUGCUGGAGAGACUGAGUGCGGUGGACAAGCUGGCCAUGGCCGGGAACAGAGUGCAGAGUCUGGAGUUGUGUACUCUGGCCAGAAUGAGCCACCUGAAAAACAUUGACCUGCGGCUGAAUGGACUGCGCUGCGUGAAAAGUGAGAGUCUGGAGGCAGUGAGCCAGGUGACCCAGCUGGACCUGAGGGACAACUGCCUGGCCUCCCUGGACCUGAGCUCUGUCUGCAACCUGGAGACCCUGCACUGCCAGCGCAACCAGCUGGGCACGCUCACUCUCAGCGGCUUCACGCUGCGCAUGCUCCACGCCAGCAGUAACCGCCUGACCACAGUCAACAUCUACCCAGUCCCCAACCAGCUGACGCACAUGGACCUAUCACAGAACCUUCUAGAGUACCUUCCAGACUGGGUGUGUGAUAGCAGAAAGAUUGAGGUGCUGGACGUCACACACAACCUCCUGUCUGAGCUCCCCUCCAGACUGCUCAACAGCUUGAGUUUGAGAAAGCUGCUGGCGGGAAACAAUCGUUUGCAGAGAGUGCCUGACCUACUUGACCACGUCCCUCUGGAAGCCCUCGACCUCCAGCACAACAAGCUAGGCGAGCUCCCCGAGAGUCUCUUUUACAAGGCCUUAAAUUUAAAAUACCUGAACGUGUCAGCCAACGCUCUGGAGAGUAUUCCUCCCAGCAGCCAAUCAGAGGAGAGCCUCAGCACACUCCAGGAACUCUACCUAACAGGGAACAACCUGAACGAGAACUGCGGCGCGCUGCUGGUCGGACACCAGAACCUGCGGGUGCUUCACAUUGCCUACAACCAGCUCCUCUCCUUCCCUGCCAGUAAACUGAGCAAGCUUGAACUGCUGGAGGAGCUUAAUCUAAGUGGCAACAAGCUGAAGACCAUCCCCUCCACUGUGUCCAGCUGUAAGAGGCUGCACACCCUCAUAGCACACUCCAACCACAUCAGUGUCUUCCCAGAGAUACUCAACCUGCCUGAGAUUAAGCUUGUAGACCUGAGUUGUAAUGAGCUGACUGAGAUCCUGCUGCCUGACUCCCUGCCUGCCACCCUGCAUGAGCUGGACCUGACAGGCAACAGCAGCCUGAUGCUGGAGCACAAAACCCUCAACCUCUUCAGCCACAUCACCACCCUGAAGUUAGACCAGAAAUCAGCCAUGACAGCAGGAGAUGUAAUGAAUGCACCCACUCCAUGGAACCACGGUUACUCUGAAAUGAGCGGCCAAAGAAACAAGUUGUGUGUGUCUGUGUUGGCGGUAGACCGCUUUGGAGACGGUAUGGGGGCAUGUUACGGCAUCUUUGACGGGGACCGCAACGAGGAAGUGCCUCGGCUGCUGCAGUGCACCAUGGGAGAUGUUCUGUCCGAGGAACUACAGCACUCCAAUGUGGACAGUGUGUACAUGUGCAACACCUUCUUGACCUCACACAGGAAACUGGGCAUGGCUGGCCAGAAACUUGGUGCCUCUGCCCUGCUGUGCUAUAUCCACCAUGAGCCCUCAGAUUCAGGAGGCUACUUCUGCCUGACCGUGGCCAACGUGGGCAGCUGCCAGGCAGUGCUGUGUCGAGACGGCCAGCCUAUAGCACUCUCUAAGGUUUUCAGCUUGGAGAACUGCACUGAGGAGAUGGAGAGAGUUAAACUUAGUAAAGCCAUUAUCACUGAGGAUAACAAGGUGAGUGGAGUGACAUGCUGCUCUCGCCUGCUGGGUUGCUCUUAUCUGUCUCCCUGGGUGCUGCCCAAGCCCUGGGUGCACACUGAGCCUCUCUGUUCCCAGGAUGACUUCUUGAUCCUGGGGAACCGAGCACUGUUUGAAAGGGUGUCAUACCAGGAGGCUGUGCGCACUGUUCAGGCCGUGCGGGAUCCACGCGCAGCUGCUAAGAAGCUGUGUUCACUGGCCCAGAGCUAUGGUUGCAAGGACAACAUCGGGGCCGUGGUUGUGUCUCUGCAUAUUAGUGAGGACAGCUGCACCUGUGAGCCGCCGGCAUCCACUGCUGAACACCGGGGUCCCCCUUCGAACCCUUUGCCUGUGUCAGUGACCCCAGGCCCCGGUGACCCAGCCACCCUUUCAUCCAGCAGUGGCAUCGUCUCUGAGUUCAACAGUGAGACAUCGGCUUCAGAGGUGGGCAGCGAGGCCGGGUCCACCGCCUCCGAUGAACACCCCUCCUCAGGCCCUGCCUCCCGCCCCGAGAGACGCUGUAGCCUUCACCCUGCUACUACACUAUGUGGGAUCAUGGUGCCAGGUUCAGCUGGGGUAGCAGCCCACCCGGUCUUGUUCCAGCGGCAGCCCUCCUGUGCUACAUUCUCCAGUAACCAAUCUGACAACGGGCUGGACAGCGAUGAUGAAGCUCCACUUGAGGGUGUGAUCUCCAACGGCAGUAAGCUAGAAGUGGAAGUGGACAUUCACUGCUGUGCUUUCCAGCUACGGUCAGGGGCCCCCGAGAGUCCCAAAGACCUGGACCUUGAAAAGCGAGGCUCUGACUAUCCCAAUGGAAAAAUGCGCAGGCAGAACAGCGUGGUGGUGUCAGCAACAAACGGCUGCCUGCUGGCUGUUUGUGGGAGGGAGAUUUCUGACCUUAAGAAGUCACCUUCCACCUCAAGUUUGUUUGGGAAGAAGCUGUCCAAUGGCUCUGUUGUAGCCCCUGAGGACAGUCAUAAUCUCAUUGAGGUGGCCUUGGAGGCUCCUAAAAAGAAGUCAGGCUACUUUACAGCCCCAGCCCAGCAGGAUCCUGAGGACCAGCUCAUAGUGCCCCCCAGUUUGGAGCAGGAUGUCCGGGAACAGCUGAGAGGCCAGAGUCCCCUGGUUUCAGGCCCCUCAGCACCAUCCACACCCCCUUCCAUCAGAGACCCAGUUUGGGAUCAUCCACACCCCCCUGCCACUGUGCUGCAUCAGCGGGACCUUACCCCUACCAUGGUUCCGGCUUCAAGCCCUGCUCCCAUCCUGCAGCAGGAGGUCUAUGAUACUGCCCUCUAGAUGGGGGGGCACAGCACAGCACCACGUGGCGGCAAUCCUGUGACCAUGCUUUACCAGGGAAGUAAAGGAUAUUUCUGUCAUACACAUGGGAUAUUCCAGUUCAAGUUGCAAUUCAGAUCUUUUAUGAAGACAAGACAGACCUGUGGGACCUCGAUAGGUACUACAGUAUGGACGCUGUGCCGUCAGUGUGAUGCACUAAACCAAGUGUCUGAGUGUCUGUCUGAGUAUCUGAGAUGAGAAGGCCACCAACAUCACAACUCAUGAAAUGAGGCUGUGAAAAGAAAGGCGGGCAUUCGCAGGCCAAAACAAGUGUCUGAUCUGAAAUGGAAUACCUCAUGUGUUUAAACAUUGUCGAACAUGUCAGCAACAUUUCCCUUUACUUGGAAAGUCAAGCAAUCCCAUGCACAAUCGAGGGUGUGUGCAUGGGAUCCUGUUGAGUAAGGUAAUUCAUAAUCUCUAAAGUCUCCUCUCCAGGGGCUCCAUGGCCUCUCAGGUCCUGGAGAGAAGCCCUAUGACUGAAACUUGAAAAAGUGCCUACUGCAGAUGACUCGGCUUAGAGCUCCCUCACAACCUGGUUGUGCUUGGGGUUGUGAGAUUGUUAGUUAAAUUUGGAGGAGGGACAGUGUCUCCAAGAGACCAUCACUGGCACAGCUACUUCUCUCCUCUUCCUGUGGAAAUCUGCCAGUAUAAAUGCUAAUAAAGUGCAUAGAUGAAGCUGAAGACAAAUUAAUUGCAUUUAUAUCGCCAGUAAAGUUAUGGUUGGAUAUUUUGAACAUUCCCACCCAACAUGUCUAGAAUCCUCUGUAUAGGACACAUCUAUUCUAUAAAGUAAAGAAGAGAUUCUGAGCUAGCAGGCAGCUGACGCAGCAGUGAGUGUUGAGUUGCUGACAUCAAGAUAGAAAAGUAUUGCUAGAGGGGGCAAUGCAUUUUGAAUAGCUCUCAAAAAUAAUAUCAAAAAGUCAUUCACACAACUGUACAGAGCCGACGUGGUGUAGAAUUUAAAAAUCCUUAUAACACUGUAAUCUCUGACAAUGCAUGGUCGAAUGAUCUCAUUGCAAAUUGCUUAGAAAAA